CAGGUAAAGUCCGGGCAAAGCCCUCGCGACUGGCGAGCGAGCAGAGGCUUACGGUUCGGCACGUCCCAUCAGAGAACUCUCACUGACCGCCCCCCCCCGCCUCCGCCACCGCUCCCCGAGUUGCACACGACAUGAGCCAGGCCAGCUGGACCGGGAAGAGAACAGACAUGCUCCCGGAGAUCGCCGCCGCUGUGGGUUUCCUCUCCAGCCUUCUGAGGACCCGGGGCUGCGUGAACGAACAGCGACUUCAGGUUUUCAGCGGGGCUCUCCAGGAAGCCCUGACGGAGCACUACAAACACCACUGGUUUCCUGAAAAACCAUCCAAGGGCUCCGGCUACCGCUGCAUCCGAAUCAACCACAAAAUGGACCCCAUCAUCAGUAAAGUGGCUAGCCAGAUCGGACUCAGCCAGCCUCAGCUGCACCGGCUGCUGCCCAGUGAGCUGACCCUGUGGGUGGACCCCUACGAGGUGUCCUACCGCAUUGGGGAGGAUGGCUCCAUCUGCGUCCUGUACGAGGAGGCCCCGGUGGCCACUUCCUAUGGGCUCCUCACCUGCAAGAACCAAAUGAUGCUGGGCAGGAGCAGCCCCUCAAAGAACUACGUCAUGGCAGUCUCCAGUUAGAUCCCCCGCCGCCCCACCUGGCACUCUGCUGUACUCAUUCUGCUGUGACAACAGGCCACUGCAUACCUCUACCUGGGGAAUUGUAUUUUAAGUGAAGAGCUAUUUAUAUAUAUAUAUAUUAUUUUUUUUAAGAAAAGGGGGAAAAACACCAAAAGAUUUUUUUAAGAAAAAAAUCCUUAAAGGGAGCUGCUUGGAAGUAGCUUCCCCAGGUGCCUUUGGAGAGAA